AUGACAUCAGCACAAUCGUCUGAAAUGCAUGAAGGCGCACCAUUGGAUCGCCGCGUAUUUGAUUCAUGGAAAGAGUUUGAGACGUAUAUGGAAUUAUAUGCACAAGGUAGUUUCCAACUCUUCCGAAAACGCACAUCUACAUCAGUAAAGCUACGUAACCGACGCGUGACCGAGCGUCUCUCAUUACGCUCUGAGAACACGUCAUUAUCGGAGCACAAACGGGCAGAGAAUGCACGACUGAUCCCGGAGAGAUACAAUAACUAUUCACUGACACUCGUAUGUACUCAUAGUGGUGCUUUUGUGUCACGUGGCACUGGAAGACGCUCUCGUCAGGAUGUGCGUGCUACGCGCUGCAAUGUGCAAGUAAACGCGUGUCUAAAGCUAGCAGAUCCCGUGUCUAAUCGCUAUCAAGUGUACGUGACGCGAGCAUUAUUGACCCAUAAUCACCGAGUAGAUAAAGAAACGUUCCUACAGUACAGCAACACGAGACUUAAUCUCUCGGGUGAGCUGCUACACUGUGUUGAGCUCAUGCGGAAGACAGGUGUUAAACCAAAAGACGUGCGCACCUACAUUAUGGAACACUCGAGCUGUGCACCGACACUCAAGGACGUGCAAAAUAUGCUACAUCGACUGCGGAAUCAGGAGGAGGCAACAGUAGCUGCAGCUGCUGCUGGACCGGCGACAAUGACCGCUGGUCUGGAAUUCACGCACCUCACUGACGAGUCCAAUAAUACUGCCACAUCAUUGACGUCAGAGGAACAAAUACUACACGACUUCAGACUCACUCACUUGACGCCAGUGGAUGGCAAGUCACUCGAUCUAGUGGACCCCACGACGCAGUUCAAAGUGUCCCGAGCGGUGGGGAAUGUGGUCGCAACUGUGCUGGCCAGAAUGUCAGCUGCCGAGUUUACAGCCUCCUUUCGUGUAUUGGACGUGGCCCUAAGCAUUGUCCGAGAACGUCGAGAAGAAAGAUUAGUGGAAACUAGGACAGUCAUGAGCGAAACAGGUGACGGGGCAGCAACUACUGGCGUUGAUUCUGGUGGUAGUGGUGCAAGCGUUGAUGAUGCAUGGACACAAGGGAUUUAG